UCACACUGAGCCUGGGGUGUAGGAAAGAUAAAUAAAUAAAGUAAAAUAUUUGUGAGCAAUGGACAAGGAAAGAUCGAUUGUGCCUAAUCAAAUUGGCUACCUGGUACUGAAGGACGACGGCGCUGUUCUGGAAUCAGGCGGGGAGCUGAAGAAUGACGAGCGCAGCGCUAAUGUGAUAAUGGGACUGCUCAAUCUCACCGAGAGCAUCGACGAGUCCUUCAUGGCGAAUAGCAGCUGCGAACGGAUCACCAUCGAUUACGAGGAGUACUACUACAGCAUCUGCAUGUCCAAUCGUCGAAUAUACAUUGUGAAAAUCAGUGGAUCCCAGAACGGUAGCAAUACAACUGCGACGACCAGCUCCUCCUCAUCGAACAGCGUGUAUAACGAUGCCUCAGACACUGGGGCGGUGCUGGCUUGAAACCCAAACUCGGAUGUUCGACCGCCCACUUGCCGAUUCUGCUGGCAGCGGGGUGGUAAUGGGCCACCCAGGGCCCAUAAUUGGCGCACCCCCAUCCUGUAUUUGAUCCUCCUCUUUAUUUGUCAAAGAAUACAUCAUCUGUGAGCUCCUGCUCGAAAA